CUGUGGCAUAUGCUUCCAAGCAUAUCAUUACAAUGAGAUGUAUGAUGUAGCUGCUGGGGCGGGUUGUGGUCAUCAUUUUUGUGAGUCCUGUUGGCAAGGAUACAUUGGCACAUCCGUCGGUGAUGGACCUGGGUGUUUGAAGUUGCGGUGUCCUGAUCCAUCUUGUAAUGCUGCUGUUGGUCAAGACAUGAUAAACACAUUUGCUUGCGAAGAAAAUAAGCAGAAGUAUGCUAAUUACCUUCUCAGAUCUUAUAUUGAAGAUAAUAAAGAGUUCACGUGGUGCCCCGCGCCGGACUGUGGUUUAGCCAUUAAAUUUGAUGUUGGUAAUGAUAAUUCUGAUGUUAUUUGCGAAUGCAUUUAUAGCUUUUGCUGGAUUUGUAGCAAGGAAGCGCACCGUCCGGUAAACUGUAGCACCAUGGAGAAGUGGAUUUUGAAGAACAAUGAUGAGUCUGAAAACGUAACAUGGAUAUUAGCUCAUUCUAAGCCUUGUCCAAACUGCAAACGACCAAUUGAGAAAAGUGUAGGGUGUAAUCAUAUGAGGUGCUCAAUUUGUCAAUUUCGCUUUUGUUGGGUAUGUCUUGUUUCCUUAGAUAAUCAUUCUUGUAAUGGAUAUAAGGUCGAUGCAGCAAAUGACAAUUUGGAGAGAAACACAGCUAGAAACCACCUAGCAAAGUAUACUCAUUACUACCUAAGAUGGGUGGCUAACCAUAAGUCACUGGAUCAUGCAGUUAAAUAUAUGAAGAAUAUGCAGACAUGUGCUAGAGUAGCUGAGCUUUGUUUCAUUCUAUGCCUGGCUGAUGACAAAGAGCUCAAGUUAAUUAAAGAUGCAUGGGAAAAGAUCAUUGAAUGCAGACGUGUGCUUAAGUGGAGCUAUGCAUUUGGAUAUUACUUACCUGAACAUGAACAUGGGAAGAUACAGCUGUUUGAGUAUCUGCAAGGUCAGGCUGAGUCUGGAUUGGAAAGUCUUCAUCAAUAUGCAGAGGAAGAAUUACAAACAUCCCUGGAUUCUGAAACUCCAUUAGGAAAUUUCAAAAUUUUCCGAGAGGAGCUCGAGAAACAGACUACCGCCACUUCAAAUUACUCUGAAAGCCUGGCCACCGCCUUCAAGAACGGGCUGUCAGAGGUAAGUUCACAAGGUGCAGGCAGCAGCAACAGAGGAGAGCUACAGAUGAGUAUGACGGACGGAGGUACUACGGACGGAAGCAUGCCGGUACCACUAGUCUGCAUAAUGAGUUUAGUCGAUAUGACUACUUAAGUAAUGAUUAUUAUUAUUAUUACGGGUAAAUUCUACAUGGACCGUGUCACGUGUGUGUCAAGUGAACUACUCCAAAACUGUUCACAUACAUGAGUGGGUCCAGUGGUCUCUGCUCCCGGAAAAAAAAGUAGGGGUCCCAUUAUUUGGAACAGGUUUGUGAGUUCACAUGUUUUCCGGUAGGAUCCAUGCACAUUCUUGGAGAGAUAAGGUCAAACAAGAUUUGAUAUUUUUUUGUGCAAAAUUUAAACGACAAUUGAUUUAAGUGUAAUAUUUUGAUGAUAUGUUUUUUUUAUAAACCUCUACAAUCUCAU